GUGCUGAGCGAGGAGUCAACUUUCUUCCCCUCCGCCUUGCUUGCCUGGCUCAGUGCGCCUUGGAUUCUGGCUGCUGCUGUUGGAGGGACCUGCUGCUCUGCUCCUCGCCUCGCUUUCGGAGGGAUCCUGGUAUUUCCAAAGGGGGGAGAAGGCUCCCCACACGCCUCCCUUCCAAAGGCAUCAGCCUCUCUCCCUCUCUCGGUCUCUCCUCUCCUCCUCGGAUCCCGCCACUCUUCGCUUCCUCAACUGGCUUCCCUCCUCCAUGCUGGUGGAAGGUCUCCGCCUGGAAAGAUGAAGCUCCUCCGCUGGGUGCCUCUCCUCCUCAGCCCGUGGCUGCUGCAGAAGGUUGUCCAUGUUGAGGGCCAUGUGACCAAGACCCUGAACUAUCUGGAGGUGAGUCCCCCCGGCGUCUUGAAAACUGGACCAUAUGGCACUGCUUUGAAGCCUCACUCACUCAGCCCUGCUCGGAUAUUUUCCAGUGAGCCAUCCAAAGCUAAACUGGAUCCGUAUGGUGGUGCCAUGACACCAUGGGACUGGAGUAAGAACCAGACAGCAAUGGAGCACUUCAAUCAGCGGGCCAAAAGAAAGCCUUCCAUGAAAGCAGGACGUACCAAGAAGAUCUUUGGCUGGGGGGAUUUCUAUUUCAACAUCAAAACCCUGAAGUUCAGCCUCUUGGUGACAGGCAAGAUUGUGGAUCAUAUUAAUGGCACCUUCAGUGUUUAUUUCCGCCACAACUCCUCCAGUCUGGGCAAUGUCUCAGUAAGCAUUGUGCCACCGACUAAGAUUGUUGAGUUUGAUGUCUUAGUUCCUCCUAUCCAAACCCAACACCUCCACCCUCAGCAGUCCACUUUAGCUGAACCCAAGGAAUCCAAGACCUUCAACUGCCACGUGGAGUAUGAGAAGACCAACCGGGCACGCAAGAACAAGCCUUGCCUCUACGACCCCUCCAAGAUCUGCUUCACUGAGCACACGCAGAGCCACGCUGCCUGGCUGUGCGCCAAACCGUUCAAGGUCAUCUGCAUCUUCAUCUCGUUCUUCAGUAUCGACUACAAGCUAGUCCAGAAGGUCUGUCCAGAUUACAACUUCCAGAAUGAGAAUCCCUAUUUUGGCUGACGAGGGAACAGGGUGCUUUUGAGGGACGGGGAUGCAGGGAGGGGAGGGCUAUUUAAGUAAGCGGUGAUUUUUAUCAGGGUGAGAGUUGGCGGAACAGUGAAAGAAAGAGUUUGAUGGACAGUGAAAGAAACAGAAAAGCCCCCUUUCUCCGUUCUUGAUGGGAGGACAGUCACCAGGUCUGACUAGGAACUGGAUGCAAGUCCAUCAGAUAAACAUUCCCCUCCCAGUGACCACUCAACCUCCGAGAACGAUGGGGAAAUUGAGAUUUAUCUAAGAUACAACAUUGCUUUCAUGCUCCACCCUGCCCCUCUUCUGAUGUCUCUUGGGGGUGUCUCAUGGAAGUUCCCAGCAAUAUGAAGAAGCGGCUUGCUAUGCCUGUCUCUCUUUUGUGCAUAAAUGAACCCUGCUGCUCUGUGGCGUUGUCACAAUGGCUACAUAAUCCUUUCUCCUGAAAUCAUGCCUUCCAUGUGGAAUGUAAGGGUGCUGAGUGGCGGCAAUCAUAUCUGUCUGUCUGUCUAUCUGUCUGUCUCUCUGCCUCCUCACCUCUCCCUGGGAUAAGCCACAAACCAUCAACCUGAAGUUCUCACUAACUUGGCUGAGGCUGUAGGAAAGGGCAGGAAAAGACAAAGGAGCUGGGGAGUGGAUGAUGACAUGGGGUAAACACUGUCCAUUGUAUGAUCAUCCAUAUACAAACAAAAUAAAAACAUAUUACAUUUGGGGUGGGGUGGGAUUUGAACUGAGGGUAGAUAUGGAAGUUGGAGCCACAUAGCAUCUAUUUGAAGGAAACAGCAAGGUUGGAAGGUAUACAGGCGCAUCUGAAUGUAACCAAAAUGGUAGCCUUUUCCAGUGGGCAUGCGAAAAUGGAAACGUUCUCAGCAGAGGCAUGGGUGAGUGUUAAUAGAAACCUAAGUAGGUGUGUGUACGAGCAGCCAAAGAGACUGAAAUUCAACAGAAGCGUGUCAGUAGUAACAAGUAGAUGGAGUGUGUAUGUGUACACAGCAUGGUGCCUCACAAGAACAUGCGCUACAUUUUGUGGCCUUAAUGACAUACAUGUGCACAAGAGUGUUCAUUUGAAUAUAUAAUGAGAAAUGUAUAUGCAUGUUAGCAACAAGUAACAAAAGUGUGUGAGCAUUUUAAUUAGGGCUGGGAGUGUUUAUUGAUUUAUUCAGCCGAUCAAUCAACACGAGUUAAUCACAGAUAGAAAUUUCGCCUUCUAAUUGAUUGAUGGGGUUUCAAAGAAGGACACGCUGUUGGGUGCCUGGACUGGUGUACUAGCUCCCUUCCUUGCUGCGGAUGGGUUUUGCUUCCAGUUUACAUCCAAAGAGAACCAAUAUUUCUUAUUUCAGGGUGAAACCAUUAGGGUUUUCCUGCCAGCAAUAAGAAUCACAGAGCAGCAGUGGCUGACAGUGCUCACUUGAAAAGGACAUCAAUUUGUCUUUUCAGUCUGGAUCUUUUGUGCUACCUAUGGGAUUUGAAGUUGUUCCUUUUUGAAGCCGUGUAGGCUGUGGCGUGUGCCUGUAAUUGGGACUAUUCUGUAUGGAAAAGAACAUGUAAAAGAUCGCCUUUUCCUUCUUGACAAUGAGAGGCAGCUUUUGGUUAUUCAAGGAAAAGUGACCUCAUAUUUUAGUGGGAACUCAAGCUUUCCCUUCUGCAACAUCAAAAAAGCACCUGUAAAUGUUUCCAAUAAGUUCAUAUAUCUUUAAAUAUAAUUGAUCUGCUGAUCAAAAGCCAGUUAAUUAUUCAGCAAAACCUCUUUUUA